CAAUACUCCUUUCUUUUCUCAAUCAAUUCUUCUCUUUCAGAAAAGAACCACUCAUUAUUACCCAAGUCACAGUUCAAGUAGCUACUCUCCCCAUUGGACGGUUCAUGGAAGCUGUAUUAACCACAACCAAGUUUCGGAUCCUCGGGUUCGGGUCAAGAGAGUUCUCACUUAACCCGGGUCCAUUUAACAUGAAGGAGCAUGUGGUUAUCACUAUUUUUGCAAAUGCUGGCAUCUCUUUUCAAAAUGGGUCUGCUUAUGCUGUUGGAAUUGUUAAUAUUAUUAAGGCUUUUUAUGGCAGGAGCAUUUCUUUUGGUGCUAGUUGGCUUCUCAUCAUUACUACACAGGUUUGGGAUACGGUUGGGCUGGGCUUUUAAGGAAAUACGUAGUUGAGGGGGCAUUUGCGUCUAUACUCGCUUUUUGGGUUACAUUUUAACUUGUGCUCGUUUUGCAAAAAAAAUUGCAAGCGUACCCACUUUUUCGCGUAACUUCAGCAUACG